GCUCCCAGGCCUCACCUGCUUUGGGUUUUGUCCAGCGGCCGCCGCGUCUCCACGCCAAGCCGUCCCAGGUGCCCGCUGUGGAGGUGACACCCUCCGGAGCCUCCUACAACCCGUCCUUUGAGGACCACCAGACGCUGCUCUGGGAGGCCCACGAGGUGGAGUUGCAGCGGCAGAGGGAGGCGGAGAAGCUGGAGCGGCAGCUGGCCCUGCCCCCCGCCGAGCAGGCCGCCACCCAGGAGUCUGUGUUUGAGGAGAUGUGCCAGGGGCUGCUGGAGGAGUCGGAUGGGGAGGGGGAGCCAGGCGAGGGCCAGGACCAGGGGCCCGAGGGGGCUGGAGACCAGGCCAGAGAUGACGAGCUCGGAGGAGCCGAGGCCACCACACCUGCCCGCCUGGCCGCUGUGGAGAAGAAGACGGAGCAGCAGCGUCGGCGGGAAAAGGCCGCCCGGAUGCUGCGGGUACAGCAGGCCGCGGUGCGGGCCGCCCGGCUGCGGCACCAGGAGCUCUUCAGGCUGCGCGGGAUCAAGGCCCAGGUGGCACAGCGGUUGGCGGAGCUGGCGCGGCGGCGGGAACGGCGGCGGGCACAGCGGCUGGCCGAGGCCGACAAGCCCCGCAGGCUGGGGCGGCUCAAGUACCAGGCCCCCGACAUCGACGUGCAGCUCAGCUCGGAGCUGGCCGACUCGCUCCGGACCCUGAAGCCCGAAGGCAACAUCCUCCGGGACCGGUUCAAGAGCUUCCAGAAGAGAAACAUGAUCGAGCCCCGGGAGAGAGCCAAGUUCAAGCGCAAGUACAAAGUGAAGCUCGUGGAGAAGCGGGCGUUCCGGGAGAUCCAGUUGUAGCUGAUGCUGGAUGCGGAGCCUCAUCCCUCAAUAAAGCACCUUCGGACCAACACCUGGGCUCGUGUGUUACUCCCCCUGCUGUGGGCAGCUUCCCUGUCCGUCCCCCUCUAGCUCACAGGGAUGUAGGUUCCAGAACCUUCAUGUCCUCCAACCCUGGUGAGAACCCCGGAUGUAGCAGAGGGCCUGUCCCUUGGGGACAAAGUGGGCCACCCUUUCCCAUGAGGAGGGUCUGAGAGGAGACGGGCUGGCAGGCUGGGGGGAGGGGAGGUUCACACCUGGGUGUCUGGCUUUGGGGAGCCCCCUGCUCUGGCCCAGGCGUGAGGGGCGGGUCUUGAUGACAGGCUGUCACUGGGGGUGGCUCUCAGGCAGAGCCCUCACGCCCACCUGGUGAAGGACGCCAGACUUACCCAUUUUACAGGCGAGGGAACAGAAACAUGAAAAGGGACUUUUCCUUCCCCCACACACCUAGGUAAUGUUUUUCGAAACCUUAAUUCUACAAGCAAUAAGGGACUGUUGUCACUGUUAGUCAUGGGUACGGUGCAUGACGAUACCAAAAAGCCAUGGCCGUCAUCGUGACCUCCUCCAUUCAACCCUCUCGCAGAGCUGGCUGCCACUGCGGUUGGGGUGAAGGGUGCCAUAUGUCCCAGGUGCCACUAUUAGAAACCGUACUGUCCGUGUGAAAAUAAAAUUCUCUUUGAUUUUU